AUGGAACGCAGGGCAGAGUUAGUGUCAGAAUUAAAGGGAUGGUGUUGUGGCGAGGCAUUAGAUGAGGCUCAUGCGGUCAUGGUGCUCCUUCAAGAAGACGUAGAUACAAGUGCAAUUGAAGAGACAAUGCAAACUGUGAAGUGUUUGGGGCGUGUGCGUGUGAGAGGCCGGAAUUUCAACAUGCGGCUCAAUAGAUAUCUGGCCUUGUGUGAAUGCAAAGAAGCUGUUAGAGCAGAAAAUGUUCCUUUUGAUGUGUUUCCAAUUGAGGGUGGAGGGCCCUGGCAGGUUAUCACAGUAGAUGAAGCUACACGAGCCAGUACACAAGUUCAGAUGUCCGGAACGCAACAAGCUCCAGGUAAGCGCGUUGAAGGCCAUCGCCCAUUGUCGCCUGGAGAUGAGGCUGCUGCCAAGUCAACAGAGGCCAUUCUGCGAGCUGUGAGUGAUUUACUUAGCAAGACCACAAAGUCCUCAAGCGAGCAUGGAAGCUAUCGCCGCCUACGAACUUUCUCUGGGUUGUUGCCCACUCCAGCUGGAGAAGAGCAGUUCGACCACUGGUUGGGUCAAGCACGGCUCAUGGUGGAAGAGUGUGACUGCUCUCGCAAAGAGAAGAGGCGGAGACUGAUGGAAAGUCUUAGAGGCCCGGCACUUGACAUUGUAAACGCAGCACGACAACAACCAGGUGAGAAGCUGUCUGACUUCCUCAGACGUCUAGAACAGUCGUUGAAUAGGGUUGUGCAGAAAGAUGGUCUCCCCUUUGGGUGUGCAGAUAAAGCAAGACUUGAACAGUUGUUACGUGGUGCGAUAGCCUCUGAUCUGAUGUUAGUUAACCUUCGUCUGAGAGAGAGGAAAACAAAGCCCCCGACCUUUCUCCAGCUGUUGAAGGAGAUACGCACAGAAGAGGAAUUUGAGGCCUCACGAAAGAAGAUUACUCCUGUCGUGCAAAGUGGAAAUGUAAGACAGAAUGCUGAUGUGAAACAGUCUGACAUUCAGAACUUGAAGUCUGAGAUCAAAGAACUUAAGGCCUUAGUGGCUGCUGUUGUGACUAAGCCAGCACAAUACACGUCAGCUAGCAGUGAAACAAAUUCCCCAAAUGUAGUGUACAGUGAGUGCAGUUCGGACAGUGAUGUAGCAGCUUUGAAAAAACAAAUGAAGCGCUUGCAACAGAAAGUCAUGAAUAAAGUAGGUGAACCUCAAGUUGCCGUUUCAGCUGUGAAUACCUCAAAACCCGUAGCGAGCUCCUCACAACAAUCAUUCAAAGUGUCGGAGGAACAUUUCUGUUAUCGAUGUGGUGAGAGUGGGCAUCUUGCAAGGAAGUGA